CCGCAUCAACGACUUCUUCAGAGGGCACGGCGGGACCGCAAUGGCAACAUCGCUAUACCCUUCUGUAUUUUUCGCCCAGGUUACGCUGUGCGCCCUUGCUCAGCACGUGUCAUUCACACCGAAGAAUGACAACAGCAGCCUGGAUCUACCAACAGUGAACUCCGACUGGCCAAUCCCGUGGACGCAGCACAUGACGUCACCGGAAUCCAACUUCUUGGAAACAACGCCCCCUGCUCAAGCAUAUAAAAACAACCGCAUCAACGACUUCUUCAGAGGGCACGGCGGGACCGCAAUGGCAACAUCGCUAUACCCUUCUGUAUUUUUCGCCCAGGUUGGUGGCAAACACUUUUAUACCAGCUUUCGUAGCGAUUGUAGAGGAAUUGUGGUUCUGCCGUGCCCGGCGACUUGUGCAUGUCUUUUUGUGGACGCAUGGACGGUCAUUUUGAUUCUUCUUGCGGGGGAUGUUGAGCAGAAUCCCGGGCCUAAUACAGACGAUCUCAUAAAAAUGAUGAACACUAUGCUUGCUUCCCAGGAAGAAUUGAAAAAAAAAAUCGAAAAUUUAGCUACUGCUCACGAUAAGCUAGAAUCUACGGUUAAUGCCCGAAUGGACGAUGUUAUGGUAGCAAUAAAAAAACAGAAAGUAGAGAUCAAGGCACUGCAGACUGAAGUUACAGCGUUGAAAGGUAAUCUUCAACUACACCAAAGGCGUCUAAAUGAUUUAGAAGAUAGAAGCAGACGCCGCAAUCUUGUUAUUUUUGGUUUUCCUGAACCGGAUCGUGAAAAUGCUACAGAAUUCAGAAAGAAGAUAAUCGAGGAACUGAUAGGAGAUAAACUCGGAGUGGUUGUUAACUCUGUGGAAAGAGUACAUAGGGUUGGGAAAAAAUGCCACGAUAAAGUGCGACCGGUAAUAAUGAAUUUUUUUGACUACAACGAGAAGCUUAAAGUGUUAAAAAACUGUCACAAACUGAAAGGAACAAAAAUCUCGGUAAACCAUGACUUCUGCAAGGCCACUAUAGCAAAGCGCAGCAAACUAUGGUCUCAUUCCAAUGAUUUUAGGGCGCAAGGUCGCAAAGUAUCGCUCGAUUACGAUAAGCUGAGAGUGGACGAUGAUAUAUACGAAUGGGAUGAGCAGAAGGAUUGCCUGAAAUGUAUCCGCCCGCAACGUAACCGCGACGAAUGACCCGAUCACAAACAAUUGCGAGUUGUUCUCCUUAAUUCUAGGAGCAUUGUCAAUAAAGUUCACGAGCUUGAAGAAAUCAUAUUUACCUAUGAUCCCCAAAUCAUAGCAAUUACAGAGACCUGGCUA